UGUCAACCGGCGCCAGCGGCGGUAGACCGCUUUUGUUUCUAACUGUGCCGUGAAGGUGUAUCGUCAAAUGACACAGUAAGCAUAGCAUAGGAGCAAGCCAUGUCAUUCGCAGCUCCUUCGUGGCGUUCAAAGAAGAGGGAUGGCCAGAGAAAAGAUAUAGAGGCUGCGGUGGCACAAGAGCAGUCGCGUCUCAGGAUAAUAGGUUACAACUUUCUACCCGCCGACCAGCUUCGCGGCAAGGCUUUGGUCAAACUUGGGAUACCGAGCAGCUUUGGCGGCAAGAUCAACUGGGCCCAGAUCGGGCCAAAUUUCAGUCUGCAAAUUCGACCAACGACCACACCGGCAUACGGACCACCUCCGUACCUAGGGCCGCGUAAGUUCUUUAAGAGUCGUCUGCCACGGCCGCCCGAAGACCAGUGCCGUAAUGUGGUUCCUCGACAGAUCACCUCGUCAGAUGGAGGCCGCCGAGAUCGCGUGCGCGAGCCCGCUCGUAGAACCGAGGAAACCACUCCCGAAUUGUUCAAAACCACGACGAACAAGAAAGACCCCAGGAAUAGAGGUGCAGGCCCCACGGGCCCCACGGGUCGCCGGCCCUCCAAACGGUCGCUCUUAAGGGUCGAAUCCGAAGACAAGGGCCCAAGCAUGACCCCAGCCGAAACGCCUGAACCAGCAGCUGUGCAACCCCGAGCCAGAGGAGAGGGGCAAGACGCGGGCCAGCUCAGCGACGCCUUCGAGCCACCCAGCAGCCCCGAGGACCUCCACCAGCGGCGCAACAGGCCGGUGACGCUGGGCAUCCUGGAGAGCAAGCACAGGCCUUCAAAGACCACGCGCGACGCCGUGGCGGCCAAGGCGAAGGAAAUGACUCGGAAGUUGGUCGAGCGAGGAAACGGCCGUGUUCCCCAGGAUGAGGCUCGAGUCCCAGAAGAAAACGCCCGCUUGGACCACGCCGCCGGAAAGAACCAGAAGCUGACCAGUCGCGACGCCCAAGAACCAAACAGCAGUGAAAUAGUUAAAUUAAAUAAAGAUGGCAACAAAAGGCUUGAACCUAUCACUUAUACACUAAACUGUGAGUGCUAUGUAGCUAAGAGAGCUCUAAAGAGUAUUGCUAAGGUUUGA